GGAGGGGUGUGGGCCGAAGGGCCGCGGCGAUUCGCGGGCCAGUAAGCGGGUUGUCAGAACGGUCGCCACCGGAGUGAGGCGAGGCUGCGUCUUUGGGUAUCGGCGGCCAGGGGCCCGAGUGAGGAUGAGAGUGCGGAGGACGCAGGGCCGCUGGAGGCGCAGGUAAAGACACCAGGGUGCGGUAGAACGGCAGCUGGGCUUCUUCCGGGACCCGUGGUGCUGAAUGGAAAGGACCGAGACGACGCCGAGCCGUGGUUCCUAGCGGCGGGGCCGCAGCUCCAGCUGCCGCUUGCCAGGCGAGAAUGUGCGGAGCCCGGGCAACGCGGGGCGGCUGAGCGCCUUCGGGCCCCAGGACCUCCGGGGCCCGGGAUGAGUUAGCGAGGGCAGCCGCGGGGUGGGGGGGCAGUUCCUACGGCUACAGGCCAGCGCUGCGGCCGCCGCCCGCCCGCCCGCCCCUUCCGAGCAGAGGCCGCCAGCCCCUUUCCGUGGCCAUCGCUGGCCCUGGAGACCAUGAGGUUCCGCAUUUACAAACGGAAGGUGCUAAUCCUGACGCUCGUGGUGGCCGCCUGCGGCUUCGUCCUCUGGAGCAGCAAUGGGCGACAAAGGAAGAACGAGGCCCUCGCCCCGCCGCUGCUGGACGCCGCCGAGCCCGCACCCCGUGCGGGCGGCCGCGGCGGAGACCAUCUCGCCGUGUCGAUGGGUAUCCGCAGGGUCUCCAACGAAUCGGCGGCUCCUCUGGUCCCCGCGGUCCCACAGCCCGAGGCGGACAACCUGACGCUGCGGUACCGGUCCCUGGUGUACCAGCUGAACUUUGAUCAGACGCUGAGGAAUGUAGAGAAGACCGGCACCUGGGCCCCCCAAGAGCUGGUGUUGGUGGUCCAGGUGCACAACCGACCCGAAUACCUCAAAAUGCUGCUGGACUCACUUCGCAAAGCCCAGGGCAUUGAUAACGUCCUCGUCAUCUUUAGCCACGACUUCUGGUCGACAGAGAUCAAUCAGCUGAUCGCUGGAGUGGAUUUCUGUCCGGUUCUGCAGGUGUUCUUUCCUUUCAGCAUUCAGUUGUAUCCCAAUGAGUUUCCUGGCAGUGACCCCAGAGAUUGCCCCAGAGAUGUAAAGAAGAGUGCAGCUUUGAAAUUGGGGUGCAUUAAUGCCGAGUAUCCUGACUCUUUUGGCCAUUAUCGAGAGGCCAAGUUCUCCCAAACAAAACAUCAUUGGUGGUGGAAGCUGCAUUUUGUAUGGGAAAGGGUCAAAGUUCUUCAAGAUUAUUCUGGCCUAAUACUUUUCUUGGAAGAGGAUCACUACCUAGCCCCAGACUUUUACCAUGUCUUCAAAAAGAUGUGGAAAUUGAAGCAGCAAGAGUGUCCUGAGUGUGAUGUUCUCUCCCUGGGAACCUACACUGCCAGUCGUAGUUUCUACGGCAUCGCUGACAAGGUAGAUGUAAAAGCUUGGAAAUCUACAGAGCACAAUAUGGGGUUAGCUUUGACCCGGGAUGCAUAUCAGAAGCUGAUAGAGUGCACAGACACUUUCUGUACUUAUGAUGAUUAUAACUGGGACUGGACUCUUCAAUAUCUGACUGUAACUUGUCUUCCAAAAUUCUGGAAAGUGAUGGUUCCUCAAGCUCCUAGGAUUUUUCAUGCUGGAGACUGUGGUAUGCAUCACAAGAAAACAUGUAGGCCAUCCACCCAGAGUGCCCAAAUUGAGUUACUCUUAAAUAAUAACAAACAGUACAUGUUCCCAGAAACUUUGAUAAUCAGUGAGAAAUUCACUAUGGCAGCCAUUUCCCCACCCAGGAAAAAUGGAGGGUGGGGAGAUAUUAGGGACCAUGAACUCUGUAAAAGUUAUAGAAGACUGCAGUAAAGGAAAAAAAAAAAAAAGCAAAAAUGACAGUCUUCUAUUUUUGAUAUUUGUUUCAAUAGGACAUACAAUUAGAUAAAAGAGUUUAGGACCUGGUUUCUGCUUUAAUACAAAGAAAUUCUUGUAAAAGAUAUCCAAAUAUAUAGUAAUCUUUUCCAGUUAUGUCUGAUCAAAAUUUAAAAACAAGUUUUCAUUUUGGAAAUUGGGUUUAAAAGCUCAGUCUGUAUCUGCUGAAGAUAAUGAUUAUUAUUAGUUGAUAUGAGGAAAGAGGGGGAAUUUUAUUUAAAUUGCAUCUGUUAAUCUUUUUAUCAGAAACUUUGUACACUUUUCCACUUUUGAAACUUAUUUUAAGUACAACAAAGAUUAUUUAAAACUGUCAUAGCAGUUAAAAGUAUUAAAAUGAAAUCAUUAAGAGUAUUAAUGGAACAGCAGUUUCACUCUUGACAUUGUUAUUAGGAAAGGAUUACUCUAUUGGUUUAAUAACUCAGAAAUUGCAUUUGUUAAACACCCUGUCUGAACAGUUAUUUUCAGUAUUAAGGAUUCCUGUACUAUUGUGUUAAGAUUUGCCUGUGCUUUGGAACCUUCAUAGAACACACUUUCUUUUGGAAUGUAUUUGAUGAGAAAGUUUAAACAUUUUCACCUCAAUGUAGAAAUACAGUGGUUUUGAUUUUUUUUCUUUAGUGCUGCCAAAAUAAAAUACUCAUUUUUGCAUAAAAAA